GUUAUUUUCCUUCUUUUUUCGUCAUGUACCGACUCACAUGUAUUUGAGAACGAGAAACGAUCGCGAAAGAAAUCUCGAGAAAUAUGGUGGUUUUAUGAGGAUUUUAGGUGGUGUUCUUUUGUUCUUGCAGUUUUGUGGUGAAUUAACAAAUGUGUUAUUUUUGAAUAUUGCUAGAUCAGGACAAGACCUUGGAAAUGUCUUCAAUGCAUUUUGUGGUCCAGCCUUUGCCUGGAACGGAGGAUCAAUUGAUAGAUAGAAUCAAGGAAGUAGCAGAGCGAUGGAAUCGCUAUGGGACAGGUGCAGGAUCGUCAGCACUCAGCUCAUUGAGAGGCGUGCGCGCAGUAGCUGCCGGGCCUGCACAUAUUGCGUGUUUGCUUGAAGAUGGCACGAUAUGUCGAGCAGCAUUCUCUAUCAUUCCCGACAGAUUAGACUUGAGUAAAGCAGAUGCCAGUAAAAAUGGCGGGAAUGGUGGUGGAGGCAGUGGAGGAGGAGGAACGGGCGGUGGGAAACAAGGGGGCAGCGGCGGAGGCUGCGGCUCGAGGCAACAGCCACGUACCAGAGCGCGAAUUAUGAGAAACACAAUUCGAGCUGCCCCCAGCUCACAAGGAUCAACUAGCCGUGCGACUGGUGUUAUUAUAGGCGCAUCGAGUUCUGGACGCGUGGUUUCGGUGCCGGCACCAUUUGUUCCAGAGGAUCUGGUCACACAGGCGCAAGUGGUACUACAGGGCAAAAGCAGGAGUUUGAUUAUCAGAGAGCUGCAGCGUACAAAUCUGGACGUAAAUCUGGCGGUGAACAACUUGCUGUCGCGUGAUGACGAAGAAGGAGAGGAGCCUGAAGGUGGAGAGGGUGGCGACGGCUACGUCCCCGAGGACCUCAUCUCCCUACUGGACGGCGGGUUUCACGCGGCUCAGCAGGACCAGUCCGUCAUCAUCGAUGCCGACGCCAUGUUUUCUGAGGACAUCUUCGGGUACGCGGCUAUCAGAAGUCGUAGUGGGGCGGGCGGUGGUAGCAGUGGGGGGCGCGGGGGUGCAAGCCGUGAGAGUGGUAGCUCCACACAGGAGCGACCAUCGGAAUUCAGUCGAUGGCGCGAGCGGCAGUACUUUGGCCCACGCAGAUGGCUUGAGUCUGCACUCAGGGAUACCUCGUGGGAUAAAGAUGGAACCGAAAGCAAGAAGAAAGAUUCAGCAAUGGCGGCAUCUCCUCUGUGGGUGUCGGAAGAACUGGAAUACUGGGACAGCAAUAUCAGGUUUACCCACAUAGCGGCUACCCACAGUGAGCUCGUGGCGGUCUCCACUCAGGGUCAACUGCAUCAGUGGCGCUGGGCGGAUGCUCAUCCGUACCAACGUAAUGAGGCUGGAUCUGUGAGCGCUUUCCACCCUCGCUCCAACUGGUUGGGCUUGCUGUCCGGCGAACGCAUCGUGAACAUCAGCGCGGCCGGCAUCCGCAUCUCCGUGCUGACGGACGCGGGACGCGUGGCCACCUUCCUGGACGAGUCUAUUGCACAUGCCCCGGGCGCUUCCCGCCUAGAGCACCCAUUGCAGGUGUUCUCCGAAUUCGGUUCUGACAAGGCCAUAUCCUUACACGUGUGCUCGCUCUACACCGUCGCGAGACUUGAAUCUGGAGCGCUUUAUUGGUGGGGCGUACUGCCGCUGGGCCAGCGCGCCCGGCUGUGGGAGAAGCACCGCGCGCGCUCGCGCAAGCAGCAGCGCGGGCACUCCUCCGCCGCGCCGCAGGACCUGCAGGCCGGACAGAGCGUCACUAUGAAGAACGCGCCCAUGUACCAGCCGGGGGCCAUCGGUUUCAAUAUGUCAACGGGUGUGCCUAAAGUGGGCAUACUUCAAAAUGCCGCCUGGAAUUUGUCAGACAUGUGCCGCUUCAAACUUUUGCCGCCGCCACAACCCGACCGUUCCGUAUCAGACAAAGACAAGAGGGAUUUACAGAACCAGUCGCCUCUGACCGUGUCGUCGGUGAAGGCGUCGUCAUCAAGCAGCAGCGGCAAGGACUCCGGCAAGGACAGUAAUAAGGACAUGGCCGACCGCCUCGACAUGCCGCCGCCGCCCAGCCCCGCCUCCUCCACUUGCAGUGACACCAGCACUUCACACAAACGUGCUAAACGUGUGACAGUCCGCGGCGAGGAAGGCUCUUCAAAUGACGGAUCCAAACGGGAUGAAGAAGAGUGGCCGCUGAAAGAAGUACUUUUCUUGGAGGAUGUCAAAAGUGUGCCAUUAGGACGAGUGCUCAAAGUUGAUGGAGCUUACGCGGCUGUUCGCUUCCCGACUGUAGGAAAAGACGGUAAAGAAGUGGUGCCAUCCACGCCCGACGAUUGGACGACAAUUCUUCAAGAUUGUCGACUUGUACGCAAAGAUGACUUGGUUGCGGUGAAGUGGGGCGCGGGCGGGGCGGCGGGCCCCAGGGGCCCUGAUUGCCUUCAAAGAUCACCCAGGAAGAUCGCAUUGCCACCCGACGUGCAAGUUAUUACUAUCGCUGUGGAUAGUCGCGGCGUCCAUGCCGUAGUGCGCCGGCCCGGUGGAGCCCUAGCGUACGCCGUGUAUGCAGUGGGAACUACACGCGCACUCACCGAUAGCACUUUCCCCACUGAUCAUAGCGCUUUACUCGGGUACUCUAACGGGGCCGCCAUACAGCUGGCUACAGCUGCUGAAGGCAGCGAGCCGGUGGUGGUGAUGCUGGACGGCAACUCGGCGCUGUACCCCGUGGCGCGGGACUGCGUGGGCAUGGUCCGGGAGCCGCCGCCGCUGGACCUGCCGCCCGCGCGCGCGCUCGCCGCGCACGCCGUGCCGCUGCAUCCGCACUCCGCCGCCGUCUCGCACCACGCCGCGCUCAAGUCGCAGGUGGCGUUGAUAAUCUUAGUGCCAGAACCGCAGCUCAUGAUGCCGCGUGUCUUGCGUUGCGACCUCGAUGGUGUACGUCAGUUACUACACCAACUGGAAUCUGAUGCCAACAAACAACAGAUGCUGGCGAUAUUACAAGAACGUUGCGACGGCAACAGGAAUAUUAUUCACGCGUGCGUUCACAUGUGCGCACCAACAUCCAACAAGGAACCUGAUAUAGUGGAGAACCCCUCGAUGCCAACCUUGGCUGGCAGCACGGGAGGCAGCGGCGCAAGCUCCGAAGAGACUGUCCCGGCUCUGUCAUGGCCGCCGGAGACUUUCGAAGCUUCUGGGGACGAGGACAGCCUCAUGGGACUUACUAAUAAUGGAAAAAUGUCUGGAGGUGGAAACAGCGGUGGGGGCGCUGUCAGCGCUGACCCCGCGGAGAGACGUGGAAACGCGCUCUCGGCCCUCCGCGCCCUGUGCGAGAGCCCCGCCCUGCAGCCCUACCUGAUGCAGCUGCUCACUGCCAAGGAUGGCAUGGGUCAAACGCCGCUAAUGCAAGCGGUAUCGGAACGAGCGUACCGCGCCGCUCUAGUAAUCCUCGACGCGAUACGCGCGUGUCCCGAAGCGGACGAGGCGCAGCGUUCGGCAGCUAUCUUUCCGCCAAACGCUCAUCCCGAUCAUUCACCUCUGCUUGUACUAUGCUGCAAUGAUACCUGCAGCUUUACCUGGACCGGACAAGAGCAUAUUAACCAGGAUAUAUUCGAGUGCAAGACGUGCGGUCUAACUGGAUCGCUGUGUUGCUGUACGGAAUGUGCGAAAGUGUGUCACAAAGGUCACGAUUGUAAACAGAAGCAGACGUCCCCCACGGCGUAUUGUGAUUGUUGGGAGAAAUGCCGCUGCAAAGCUUUAGUUGGCGGCAACUGGGCCGCCCGCUGCGAUUUGUUGGCGCGACUGGCUCGGGACACGCAGUUGGCUACUCAUUUUAAUUCAAGGGGCGAAUCAAUCCUGCUGUUCCUAGUGCAGACAGUGGGCCGGCAGGCGGUGGAGCAGCGUCAGUUCAGGGCGGGCGGGCGCGGCGGACGCGGGCCGCGCAAGCAGCCCGGCUCCGACGCGGAGGUGGACGCGCCCGACCACGACCUCGAGCCGCCCAGGUUCGCGAGGCGGGCGCUGCUGCAUCUGCUGGGUGACUGGCCGGCCGUGGAGGCCGCAGUGAUGUGCGGCGCGUCGGCCGGCAGCGAGGAGCCGCGGCCCGCCAGCCCCGCGCCGCACCAGUCGGGCACCACGCUGCUGGACAAGUUCACGCAUGCGCUCAUCGUCAAGUGCACUAAUGAAACUCUAGACACGCUGCUCAACACAUUAAUCCGAGAGCAACAGAACGACACAAUCCCGGGGCGAGCCGAUCGUGCCCGCGAGGUCGCCCGCCGCUUCGUGCGCUCCAUCGUGCGGAUAUUCGUCAUUUUCAGCGUUGAGAUGGCACCCGGUGCUGCCAAGAAAAAGGGGCCGUUAACAAUAACGUCAUCAUUGGUCCGUUGUCGCCGAGUGUUUGCAGCGUUAGUGGCCCUCGCCGUGGAGGAAUUAGUCGAAGCCGCUGAUGCUUUACUGGCCCCCGUGCGGUUAGGGGUCGUUCGCCCCACUGCGCCCUUCCCCCUGGCAAAUACUUAUGUCGAAUUGGUUAAUGGAAGCGAGGAUUUGUUUGGAGUGGAGCCACUUUCGACAGGACAUUCACGGUUGGCUGCACAUCCGCGCCGCGAGUCAAACAACACGGGCGGCCGCAGCAACGCAGCCGGUGGUACUUCUAUGGGUAGUUCCACCCUAGUGCCAGAUAGGUCAUCGACCCCGGUCGCAACAGAGUACGCCGACGACGUGGCCGGAGAGGCUUUGGGUGGUGAUGACGACGCUUCGGAGACCGACGAGCCCAAUGUUCCGGCGCCGGUCCCAGCUGCUGAUGCGCAGCAUCACGAUGACCCUAUGGGUGAUCGACAACAAGAACAACACGUGGUAGUAGAAAAUGGCACUGAACGCGCCGAAGGCGGCGAAAGUGAAAGUGAACUCGACUUGUUGGCUGAAGUGGAGACUGAGAGCGACUCGGACGACCAAGACAACGCAGAGUCUGCCCAGCGUAGCGUGCAAACUGGCGCCACGCAGGGUUCCGAUGCUGGUAUAGCAUCACUGCUGUUGUACCCUGAAGACGAAAGCGGAGACUCAACUCAGCCCGAGGACGAAGACUCAGAAGCCGGGGAAACAGACGAACAAGACGGGGAGACAGAGCCGCCGCUACAUGACGGGGAACCUCUGGAGCGCCGCACCGCGCCCCCCUCACGCCCUAACCUAGCGCCCCACUCCAUGCAAUGGGCUAUACGAAACCGUGAGCCGAAUCGCGGUACGAGCAGUAGCACUGGCGGUGUGCGUUUGUCUGGCGGCUCGUCUCUCGUGUUCAUUGACCCCGCGUCACUGCGGCGGUCCGCCGCGGCCGCAGCGGCUGGCGCCCAGGACCCGCAUUCUACAUCUACCACUGCUUCCUGCCUCGCCAGAGCUUUUGGCAUCGUGAUCCGCCAAAUAGCCGACCUCCUAUGGGAAUACGAGCGUCUAACCCUGCCUUUGCCAAGAGUAGUCCCACUCGCGUACAGAGAGGCUCUGCGCCUGCAAUGUUAUCUCGAGAGGCAAUUGAAACCCACCUGGGACUGGCUCGUCACCGUUAUGGAUGCUACUGAAGCCCAACUCAGAUUCGGCGCGUCUCUAACGACGAACAACGCAAGUAGCUCCAGCACCGGCGAGAGCAGCCGCACCACCGCGCCCGCCGCGCGGCGGACCACAUCGUUCACGUCGCCCGCCACACGCAUCAUCGGCUUCGGCGGCCCUGAAGUGCCCAGGUCCAGAGACCGCGAACAAGGAGUGGAAGCCGGCAGUGCCCGUCGCGAAUUCCUAGCCUACUGCCUAUCGCUCCUCCGCGCCCACAGCGCAGAACACGCGGAACAACUGCCCGUGUUAGAUGUAGCCGCGUUAAAACAUGUGGCGUACGUGCUCGAUGCCUUCGUGUACUACAUGCGCGCCGCUCAGCCGCAGCCCAGUCACCACCAUCACAUGUGGACUUCGGAUGAGAAUGAGAACGAGGAAGGCGAAGAAGAAAUGGUAGUGGGCGCCAACGCGGCCGCGGAGUCUGACAACGAAAGCGAUGGAGCGCGCGGACGCUCACACGCCUUCUUCCAACGAUCUGAGUCUACGCUUUGCUUGGGGUGCCCGCCGCCCGAUCCCUUCAACAUGACAAUGCAAGACGCGUUGCCGCUGGCGGACCAGCCGCAGCUGCUGCAGCCGAACGCGAGACGCGAGGAGCUGUUCGGGAUGCCGCGCCAGCCCGUCACCGUGCCCGCGUCGGGCCUCGGCCCGCCGGGGGCCAACAACCCGCUAGAAGUGGUCCCCCGGCGGCUGGGGCUGUCGAGCCGCGGGUCGGGGUCGGGGCCGGCGGAGGCCGCGUGGUCUCCGCCCGCACGCCCCGCUUCCGCGCCGCCCGCGCCGCCCGCACACUCGCACGUCAUGGCUAGAGACGAACCACAGGACUUAUCGUGUACAAAGGAUGUAGGAUCGAAAAUGGAUGUAGAUACAGACGGCGAAUACUUAUCCGACUCUGAUUCAAAUGAAGCUAGAGCUAUACCAAGGAAGAAGCAUCACAGGCAUCCACACUCGCUGGCCAUGUCAUCAGGCAGUUCCAUGCAAGAGUCGACUUCGCAAGCCUCGGAAUUCAACACAUUAGUCAACACAGCUUGUUCCAUUAUAGAAGCCCCACAUCAACAGCUCGCCGGAUCGCCUUCUCCAGGCCCCAGCAGCGCCGCGGCCGAGCCCCGCGCCUCGUCGUCGCGCAGUCCUGGCAAGACUGUUAUUGUACGUGCUGGUGAAUUAUUAAGCGCAGCCGACCCACUGGAAUCACAGGAGAUAUCGGCGCACGUCACUGUAGAGACCACAGGCUUGCCGCCGCCUCCAAUCUUGCCAUCACUGAAUACUCAGCCACGAGUCUGCCCAUCGCUCGGCGCAUCAGUCUCACACGACUUACUCCUUGGCCGAUGGCGUCUAUCCUUAGAUCUGUUCGGACGAGUGUUCACUGAAGACGUGGGCCUCGAGCCUGGUUCAGUGGUGGACGAGCUGGGAGGGUUCCCCGUCAAGGAAGUCAAAUUCCGCAGGGACAUGGAGAAGCUUCGGAAUUCUCAACAGAGGGAUUUGACUUUGCACAAGAUGGAACGCGAUCGCGCUAAGUUACUUCAGCAAACAUUUGCCGAAUUGAACACAGCAUUCGCGGGCCAGAACCGCCGCGCGCACAGCGCUCAGCCGCCGCUGGCCGUCAACCGCGUCAAAGUCACCUUCAGGGACGAGCCGGGAGAGGGCAGCGGCGUCGCUCGCUCCUUCUACACCAGCGUCGCUGAGGCUUUGCUAGCGAACGAGAAGCUUCCGCCUCUAGAGCCGAGCACAAGCAGUGGCAGCAGCAACAACACCAACGGCGCGGCUGGCGCGGCCAGCUCCGGCAGCGGCACCGCCAGCACCGGCAGCAGUGGCACGAGAAGCGGCGGCGCGAGCCGCGCGCGGUCCAAGGAGGCGGCGCGGCGGACGCCGGGGCGGCCGGCGCCGCGCCCGCCCGCCGCGCGCGAGCCCCGCCGCGUGCUCAGCGUCGACGCCAGGCCCUACUCCCCGCAGGCUGCACCUGGCACCGAAGGUGCUGGAUAUAGUGGAGACAGACCAGGAGGACAUAAUGAACAUUUAACACUGCAUCAAGCACAACUAGGCGAAAGAUUAUAUCCGAAGGUACACUCACUGCACCCGACAUUUGCCGGUAAGAUCACUGGCAUGCUGCUAGAAUUGACCCCGGCUCAGCUUCUAGUUCUACUCGCGAGCGAGGACGCGUUACGGCAGAAAGUGCGCGAGGCGAUGGAUCUCAUUGUUAUGCACCCUUCAGAGGCCAUACUUGAUCUGGAUGUGUUCUCCCUGUCGGAGCGCGGCGGGCGCACGGUCGCGGGCGCCCCAGCGCCGCCGCCGGCCGCGCCGGCUGCGGACGACGCGGCGCCGCUGUUCUACUCGCCCGGCAAGCGCGGGUACUACUCGCCCCGCCAGGGCCGCGCCACCACGGAGAGGAUCAAUGCUUUUAGGAAUGUUGGCAGGAUAAUUGGCCUGUGCCUGCUGCAAAACGAGCUUUGCCCCAUGUUCCUGAAUCGGCACGUGCUGAAGUACAUCCUGGGCCGGCCCGUGCGCUUCCACGACCUGGCCUUCUUCGACCCCGUCGUGUACGAGAGCCUGCGCCAGCUCGUCGCUGACGCCGAGAGGGGCGACUCGCAGACGCUUUUCGCGGCGCUCGACCUCAACUUUAGUCUAAAUAUGUGUGAAGAAGAAGGCGGCGGCUGCGUGGAAUUAGUUCCCGGAGGCCGCGAGCUCGAAGUAACGGCGCUCAACGUGUACGACUAUGUGCGCAAAUAUGCGCAGCAUCGCAUGCUGUUGUCCCAAGAAAAAGCAUUAGAGGCAAUGCGAGUAGGAGUCCUCGACGUGCUGCCAGAGUCUGCACUGGAGGGCUUGACGGCAGAGGACCUGCGGCUGCUGCUGAACGGCGUCGGCGACAUCAACGUGGCGGCGCUGGUCUCUUACACCAGCUUCAACGACGAGAGCGGCGAGCCGCCCGAGCGCCUGGCGAGGUUCAAGCGCUGGCUGUGGGCCAUCGUCGACAAGAUGACCCACCUCGAGCGGCAAGAUUUGGUAUAUUUCUGGACGGGUUCGCCGGCGCUGCCGGCGUCGGAGGAGGGCUUCCAGCCGAUGCCGUCGGUGACCAUCCGGCCCGCGGACGACGCGCACCUGCCGACCGCCAACACCUGCAUCUCGCGCCUCUACAUCCCGCUCUACUCCUCACGCCACGUGCUCAAACACAAACUCCUCCUCGCUAUCAAAACUAAAAACUUCGGCUUUGUCUAAAUCGCUGCCAAUUUUAUAUUUCGUUUAGUUUUAAACCCAUUCAUGUAAGACUGCUCUUAUAACUUUUAUUUUGUAAGGUCGUCUCGUUUGCGUAACACGAAAAGCAUCACGCUGUAGCGAAUGGAAAUAUUAGUACUAUUUAGUACACACUUUACACACAUGUAUGUUUUAUAUUUUUUGGAAAAUCUUUAAUUGCUAUGGCUGUUUUGAUUGCGAUUGAUUUAUCUGCAUCAUGAUGACUCUAACAUAGACAAAAAUAGACUAAUCGCAAUUGUGAAUAGUAUCUAGAUUUGACUGAAUGGGUAUUUUUGACUGAAUAGUAAUAUUCAUUAUACAGUAACUUGUUUGUUGGAUGAGAAAGCAAACUAUACAAUGGUCUGCACAAGUACAUAGUUAUGAUUACACAUAGGCUCAUAGACCAUAAGUAUUUAAUGUCAUGGGAAGUAACCAUUGGGCAUGUUGAUCAAUAGAUUUGAAGUGAUUAAAAUUGAUAACUUCGUUUACGGCGCCUUGUAUGGCCUAAUUUAACAGUGCAUUUUGAUUGCUUUCCUUAUUUCUUAUUUAUUUCACCUUGCUGUAUGAAAAGAGGCAGCAUUAUUCAAAAAUAUUCAAGAAUAUUUUAACUGUUUAUAUAGCUUUGUUAUAUAGUAAAAUUAUAUAAGAAUAGAGUAUGAUGAGAAUAUACUGCUAAAACGAGUGGGGCAAGCUUGGGCGGAUAGGCGGAUCCGAUCGACGGUGGUAUUUGUGAUAUCAGAGGAAGUAUUUAUAUGCCUCAAUCUCUAAAAUUAAGAUUAUAAUUAGAUUGUCCUUUGAUCAGUUGUAUUGAUAUGGUUCAUAAUAAACAAUCUCAAAAUGCUUA